AUGGUGGCGUACUGGCUCUGGACCGGCGACAAAGAACCUGCUGCACUCCGCGAAGACAUCCUCGCCGCCCGCGAUGCCGCCUGCGCGGUUGGCGAGACCCUCGACUCCCUCCACAUCCAUCCCAGCUAUCGGAAGCCGUCUGAGCCGCAGAUCUCGCAAAAGGACUAUGACGAGGCCCUCAAGAUCGCCCUCGAACUCAUGCCAGGCGUCUCUCACCUGGAGCUCUCCCUCAAUCACGAGACGAGGUUGUUCCCGUCGUCCUUCCGCAACCUGCGCAAACUUGUACUGUCAGGUACAGAGUAUGGCUUGAUCCGACUUCAAACAACGAUCAUUCCGCCGCUUCCGCCUUCCCUCGAGUACCUUCACCUGAAGCAUCUCGAAACAGCCGGCUUCUCCUCGAUGUGCACCAAUCUUAGGGUGCUUCUCCUCACAACUGUGACAUUCUCUGAGCCAGACCACCUCAUUCAUUGCCUGAGGAACACUCCAGCCAUCGAGAUCCUUGGACUCAGCUACUGCGACCGAGGCUCCCUAACUCCGAGCGCUUUGGCUAAGAUCCCUGCCACCGUCAAGCACGUCUACAGCAGCGCCUCUACUUCGCGAGAAGCCCUCGCUGCUCUUCCCGACACCGUCUCAAGUCUGACGUACGUCGAGCCCGCCCACCUCCUCACCCGUCUCUCGCAACUCAGCGACCUCUCGUACGCGUGCUUCAAAAAGGAGAUCAGCUUCACGAGGCAGGAAGAGGGAUGGAGGCGCGGUCCACGCUACCCGGUCGAAGCCUGGGCGAAGGAGAAACUGAACGGUAUCGCUUGA